ACAAAGCUCUUUAGUGUUUGCUUACGCAGAGAAAUGAGGUAUUAUCCAUUCCAAGAGGCUCUCCGUACAUAACACAUUGCUGUGUUGGAGUACUUUUUGUGGGCCUUUCCUUUCCUCCGUUAUCACCCUAUCAUUGGGAUACAACCACUGGAGGAAUGCAUGCGACACACUUCUCUUUGCAAAUCAGUGGCUCUCUCGUGCCGAUGUCGGCCUUGACGUCUGGCGGCCGCUUCGAGCAUUUUCAGCAUGGACUCCAAGGGCCCCAGCGGCACCUUCAAGAGGUCCUCCCUCAAACGCAGCACGUCUGGCUCUCAGAAGGCACAGCGGGUUUGGAUUGAAAGGACGUUUCUGAAAAGAGAAUGCAUUCACAUCUUUCCCACUAAGGACACCACCAGAUGUUCUUGCGGUCAGCUGACAACACAACACGUGGCCAUCCCACCCGGCGCCAACUCCCUGGAGGAGGCCCACCAGCUCGUGCAGAUCGACACCCCCAGAGACAAAUGGAGCGUGAUCAAGCACACCAGGACCUACCCGACGGAUUCUUUCGGCGUGAUUGAGUUCCAGGGUGGAGGUUUCAUCAACAAGGCCAUGUACAUCCGAGUCUCCUAUGACACCAAACCUGACAACCUGCUGCAUCUGAUGGUGAAGGACUGGCAGCUGGAGCUGCCCACGUUACUCAUCUCCGUGCACGGAGGCCUCCAAAACUUCGACCUCCAGCCCAAACUCAAGCAGGUUUUCGGCAAAGGCCUGAUUAAAGCGGCCGUCACCACGGGCGCUUGGAUCUUCACAGGCGGAGUCAACACAGGUGUGAUCCGUCAUGUGGGAGAUGCCUUAAAGGACCAUUCCUCCAAGUCACGGGGGAAAGUGUGCGCAAUAGGAAUCGCCCCGUGGGGCAUCCUGCAGAACAAAGAGGACCUCAUUGGGAAAGAUGUGACCAGACCCUACCAGACGAUGGCCAACCCGCUAAGCAAGCUGGCUGUGCUCAACAACAGCCACUCGCAUUUCAUCCUGACCGACAACGGCACCUGCGGCAAGUACGGCUCUGAGGUCAAACUACGGCGGCUGCUGGAGAAGCACAUCUCGCUGCAGAAGAUCAACACCCGUCUGGGCCAGGGUGUCCCACUGGUGUGUUUGAUAGUGGAAGGAGGUCCGAACAUUAUCUCCAUCGCACUGGAGAGUCUGCGAGAUGAGCCUCCGAUUCCGGUGGUGGUGUGCGAUGGCAGCGGGCGCGCCUCUGACAUCAUUUCUUUUGCGCACAAGUUCUCAGAAGACGGAGGGCUUGUCAACGACGACGUGCGAGACCAACUCCUGGUGACCAUUCAGAAGACGUUCAACUACACCAAAAGCCAGUCGCAGCAAAUCCUCCUCAUGGUGAUGGAGUGCAUGAAGAAGAGAGAACUGAUCACCGUUUUUCGAAUGGGUUCUGAGGGUCAGCAAGAUAUAGAAAUGGCCAUUCUUACGGCCUUGUUAAAAGGCACGAAUGCUUCAGCGGCCGACCAGCUCAGUUUGGCUCUGGCCUGGAACCGAGUGGACAUUGCGCGCAAUCACAUCUUUGUCUACGGACAUAAUUUACCGCCUGCCGGUGCAAUCGCGAGCACGACGACCGCGCUGAUCCUGUCCCAGGAGAAGCAGAAGAGUCCUGCCAGUGCCCCUCGCAACAAAACCAGAGGCAAGAAGGGGAAGGGCAAAGGAAAAGCUAAGCCUGAACCUCCAGAGGAAACAGAUCCACGGAAGUUGGAGCUUAUUCGUUGGGUAAAUUCUCUGGAACAGGCCAUGAUGGAUGCUCUUGUGCUGGACAGAGUGGACUUUGUCAAGCUGCUUCUGGAGAAUGGUGUCAAUAUUCACCACUUCCUCACCAUCCCAAGACUGGAGGAGUUGUACAAUACGAAACUUGGGCCUGCAAACACUCUACAUGCUGUAGUUAGAGAUGUCAAAAAGGGAAACCUUCCCCCAGAUUACCAGAUCACCUUGAUUGACAUUGGCUUGGUGCUGGAGUACCUCAUGGGCGGAGCUUACAGGAGCAAAUACACCAGGAAGGCUUUCCGCAACCUCUACAAUACUUUGUAUGGACUUAAAAGGCCCAAAGCUCUCAAGCUUCUCGGGAUGGAGGAUGAUGAACCUCGACCAAAAGGCAAGAAAAAGGCUAAAAAGAAAAAGGAGGAAGAGGUGGACAUUGAUGUGGAUGACCCGGAGGUGUGUCGCUUCAAGUAUCCCUUUCACGAGCUGAUGCUGUGGGCCGUGCUGAUGAAGCGCCAGAAGAUGUCGCUCUUCCUUUGGCAGCGUGGAGAAGAGGCCAUGGCUAAGGCCCUGGUGGCCUGCAAACUGUUCAAGGCCAUGGCCCAUGAGUGCUCUGAGAGCGAGCUAGUGGAUGACAUCUCCCAAGACCUGGAGAACAACUCAAAAGAGUUUGGCCAGCUGGCCUAUGAGCUGCUGGACCAGUCGUACAAGCGCGACGAGCAAGUGGCCAUGAAGCUGCUGACCUAUGAGCUGGUGAACUGGAGCAACUCCACCUGUCUGAAGCUGGCCGUGGCCGCCAAGCAACGAGACUUCAUCGCCCACACGUGCAGCCAGAUGUUGCUCACAGACAUGUGGAUGGGCUGCUUAAGGAUCGGCAAGAACCCAGGCCUCAAGGUUAUUUUGGGAAUCAUCUUUCCUCCACUGAUUCUUCUGCUGGACUUCCGUCUCGGGGAUGACAUGUCCUACAUUGCGCCUGGAGGCAAAGAAGAGGGAAAAGACAAAGAUGACGACACAAAAUCCAGCAAGGACCCCAACGAUGCCACUUCCCGGAGGGGGGAUGAAGAGGAAGGCAGUGCAAAUGUACGCAAAAUCCCCAUCGGCAAAAGAUUAUUUGAAUUUUAUGAUGCCCCAUUUACCAAAUUCUGGUUCAACACAAUAUGCUAUCUGGGCUACCUUAUGUUAUACAACUACAUCAUCCUGGUGAAGAUGGAGCGAUGGCCGUCCUUACAAGAGUGGACCGUCAUUGCUUACAUCCUUACCCUCGGCAGUGAAAAAGUCAGACAGAUCCUGAUGUCAGAGCCUGGCAAGCUAAAACAGAAGAUAAGCGUGUGGCUGGAGGAGUACUGGAACAUCACCGACCUGGUGGCCAUCUCCACCUUCCUCCUGGGCCUCAUGCUCAGGCUGCAGCGUGAGCCCUACAUGGGCUACGGUAGAGUCAUCUACUGCAUAGACAUCAUCUUCUGGUACAUCCGCGUACUGGACAUCUUCGGAGUUAACAAAUACCUGGGGCCCUACGUGAUGAUGAUCGGAAAGAUGAUGAUCGAUAUGAUGUACUUUGUGGUCAUCAUGCUGGUGGUGCUCAUGAGCUUCGGGGUGGCCCGCCAAGCCAUCCUGCACCCCGACGAGGAGCCCACGUGGCGCCUGGCCAGGAACAUUUUCUAUAUGCCCUACUGGAUGAUCUAUGGAGAGGUUUUUGCUGACUCGAUAGACCGUAAGACUAGAAUUCAUAUCUAUGCAAUGGAAAUCAACCCUCCAUGUGGUGAACAUUUGUAUGACGAAGAUGGGAAGAAGUUGCCUCCGUGCAUCCCUGGCGCCUGGCUCACGCCUGCUAUUAUGGCCUGUUACCUCCUCGUGGCAAAUAUUCUCCUGGUCAACCUGCUCAUUGCUGUCUUCAACAACACCUUCUUCGAGGUCAAGUCCAUCUCCAACCAGGUGUGGAAGUUUCAGCGCUAUCAGCUGAUCAUGACGUUCCACGACCGGCCUAUCCUGCCACCGCCGCUCAUCAUCUUCAGCCACCUCUACAUCCUCUUCAGCAGGGUUUUCCGACACUGCUUCAGGAAGAAGCAAGACGGAGAACUUGACGAGAAGGACCGCGGGCUCAAGCUAAGACUGAAUCCGGAGGAGCUGAAGAAUCUGUACGAGUUUGAAGAACAGUGCGUGGAGGAAUAUUUUCGAGAAAAGGAAGACGAGCAGCAGUCCUCGAGCGACGAACGCAUCAAGGUGACCUCAGAAAGAGUUGAGAACAUGUCCAUGCGUCUGGAGGAGGUCAACGAGAGGGAGAACACCAUGAAGGCCUCCCUGCAAACGGUGGAUCUCCGUUUGGCCCAACUGGAGGAGAUCCACGGUCGAAUGGCGCACGCUUUGGAAAAGCUGGCGGGGGUGGACAGACUGGAGCUGACCAGGACUCAUUCGCGCAAUUCGCCAGCGUGCGAUCACUCUUCUCUGGUUCGCCAGGGCAGCAUCAACAGCGCUGACGGUUACAGCCUCUACCGCUUCCACAUGGACAUGGAGGAGUUUGCAACAAAGCAGAGGGACGCAGAGGAACCGGUGAAAAGUGGCCUGGAAAGACAGAAAAGUCAAGCUUCCAGCACAUGCGCUCUGAACGUGAAGGAGAGCGCUCAAAACUUAGAAGUCGGCAGCCUGAGCAGAACGAGGCCCAGCUCUUGUGUGGACAUCCUCAUAUCUCCGUGUGAAUCCAAGCAGGUGUCUGCAGGAUCGAGCCACGACACCUUAACCGACAAGGAGAUACUCGGAAGCUCGCAGCUGCUGGAUCGAAUCGCAGACAAGAACAAACUCAAACCAUCCUCCUCGCCGAAACGAACUAAAUCACUGAGACACUAUCCGGCCGAAGAGCCGGCCACCUCUCCUUUGACUAAGAGGAGGAGCAUGAGCACCAUCAUCAUCAGCCCUCCCGAUGAACCCGAGGAGCCCGCCGAAGACACCAAAAAAGUCCGAGUGCCUCCCGCAAACUUCUCCUCCCCAAAAAGGACCAAAUCGUUGCGCUACGUCCCCACCGAGAGCCUAAGCCAAACAUCCCCCAUUACAAAGAGGAGAGCGAUGAGCAGCAUUAUUUACAGUCCGGCCGAGGCGCUUGAUGACGAGCUCAACGCCCAAGACUACACGUCAUUCGUGGAGCAGGCGGCCAAAACUCCCAAACAAUGGCCUGCGGACCUUGAGUAUACAGUGCACCCUAGCACUGUUGGUCACAUGCCGAAAGUGUCAACUGUCAGAAGGACCAUCCAGCAGUUUCAGACCACCACGGCGGGGGUAGAGUUUAAAGCCAAUGAUGGGAUCGAUCCAGUUCCUGGAAAAAGCAAAGGAACUCCGCCAGAGCUCACAGAAGAACAGAUAAAGACGAGGGUGAAGAGAAACAUGUCGGACGGCGCUCAGUAUCUGACCGUCUCUGAGGAUAAGUACCUGCCCUCGCACAGGUCUCGCAGUUGGAACGCGAAUGAUCGCAAAGCAAGAGGCACGGUGGUUAGCAAGAGAGCAUCCAGCAGUGAGAGGCACGUCGUGGACGCUUGCGGAGGACCGGCACAGGAGACAGAGGAUGACAGUCGUGAAAAGAAAUGACAUCCAAAAAUCCGUGGUCGUAAACCUCCAUGUAUCCCACCCAAGCAUCCUCUCUGGAGUUUCCUUCAGCGAGGAAAGAAGUCAGGUUACGAAAAUAAUGUCAUAAUAUUAUGGCUGUCCAAAAAAGUUGUAAUUGUAACGUUCCGAAAAAGAAGUUUGGACAUUAUGAGGGGCAAAAGGGGUUAAAAAGACGAGAAAAGGCAAAAGUUAAAACAUGAUGAGAAAAGGCGUAAUGUUAUGAAAAUAGUCCUAUUAAAGGUCCCAUGUUUUGGCUAUUUAGACCUCCAUAGAGUAACUCUCUAAUAUGGACUUAGUAUGAAAGUGUCAAUUUCAUUUUAAAAAAAAGGAAAAAAACACCUUGGUUUUGUCAUACAAGGGUCCAGAAAAGGCCCCUCUGACCGCUACUUCUGUUUGACCCAGUUUUGUAUCUGCUUUGUCCAUAUGUGGCUAAGACUGCAGCCCUUUUCUCUGAUUGUUUGCCUCUGUGUAGAAGACGCACUUGUGAGCGCACACUUGUUUGUUAUGUUGACGCCGCUGGCUCAGGAGCGGAGAGAUAGGCGGAGAUCUUUGCUAGUGACAUAGAUAAACCCGAGAAAUUCAAAAUAGCUGAUUUCAGGCUUCUCGGCAGAAAAACAUCUGGAACUCAGGAAUGGGUGGAUGAUUUUAAUUCAUAUUUCACGUUUACUGAGGCACCAUAGAGCCAAUAUUACAUUCCAAAUACUAGAAAAAGGUGGUUUGGUGAAAUAUGGCACCUUUUAAAAAAAAAAAAAAAAAGUCAAAUUAAUAAGAAAAAAAACAUGUUACAAAAUAUGAGGGAAAAGUCAUAAUGUAUAAGAUUUUAAUGUAAAAAGGAACAAAGUCCAAAUUUUCAAAGAGAAAAGUGGUAAUCUUGCAAAAAAAAGUUGUUAUAUUUCAAGAAUUAAAUCUUAUAAAGCUAAAGUUAAAUUAAUGAGAACAGUCCUAAUGUUAAAAAUGAAGGGUAAAUAUUACAAGUCAAAAUAUUACCAAAAAAAGUUGUAGUGUUACAAAAUAAUGUAAUACUGAGAAAAAAACAUGUUAAUAAAGUUGCAAAAGAGAGGCAUAAAGUAAAAUACUUUGGGAAAAUGUUAUGAAAAUAGGGGUAAUAUUAUGACUAAAAAAAACUUUAAUGUUACGAGACUAGUUAAAAAAUUACAAAGAUUGAAAUUGUAACUUAAGUGAAAACAGUUGUAACACUGCAAGAAUAGAAAAAGUACAAUUUCAUAAACGCAAUCCUAAAACCAGGAGCCGCUUUUUCCCACAGCUGUGCACCUGACCACACUCACACAUUGCGGUCAGGUCAGGAUGUUGCUAGGGCAACCACGCCGAUUAGUCUUUUUGUUCGCUGACAGGGAGACCAGAUAUUCAUGCGGCACACUCAAGUCCAACAAUUCGGUCUCAAGCAUGCCAAACCUUGCAUGGUGAAGACUCUAAAUUGUCCGUAGGCGUGAAUGCGUGUCAAUGGGCGUCCACGUAUAUGUUCCCUGCAAGUUGACUGUCGACCAGUCUGCAAGACAUUUCUGAAACCGUCUAAACAAUUCACUCAUUGGCAUAACACCUUUCCUCAGUUGUUUUGUCUUUUAAUGUGAAGGAAACCCUGCGAAUGUCAACACAUAUUGCACUGUGACAUGAACUUUCGACACGUACUGAACAAUCACUCUGCUAUGCAGACUGUGAACCGGUAGUGUACAAUGUGUGUACAAUGUGCUUAAUAUUCCAACAGUGUUCAUGCAAAUACUGACAACGGCUAUUACAACAUGGAUUCACUGCUCCCAUCAGAGGAACUCUUCUAUUUUGUCAGUAAUUAAUAAGUUAAUUUUUUUUUUUUUUUUUUUUUCAACUGAAUACAACACGUUAACUUUAUACAUUUAUACAUCUAUUCUAAUGCCUUCGAGUCAUGAACUUACAUACACAGAUACAAUCAUUGCUGGGACUUGAUAUGCAUGUCGCACAGCAUCCUCGUGGUCAAUAUGGCACAAGGUAUAAACGUAGUGCUACAACGUGAAUAAAUGCGAGGCAUUUGUUAUUGUAAAUGUAUAAGAACACUAUGGUUUGAAUAAGUGAGGUAAUGUCGAAACAGAAAACAAGACUCCUCGGAGGCGUCAGCUACAAACGAGUCGUAACUGACCAUCACAGUUGACCAUCACAGUUUCAGACCUCAGUUCCUCGUCGAGGGUCUUCAAGUCAGACGAGCCCUUGUGUGUGGGAACCCGUGGGCUCGAGCUGGGGCUGAGGUCCCCCUCCCGCCUCCCCCACCCCGGCUAAACUGAGGAGCCCCCUCCAAAGUUACACUGAAGAGCAAAGAGCGCCCACGAAAAGAGCAAAGUCACACAAGCGUGUGCACCGGGCGGUCUAGAUGAGCGUACACUUGAGGAAUUUGAUCCUCUUGGACUUCUUCUCAGUGAUCUUGACUGCUUUUCCAGAUCCUCCAGCACUGUUUUCAGUCUUAUAAGCAAAAGAGAAAUCACAUUACUGGCGACUAAAAGUCAAAUGUAAUGUGUGAUCCGUAAGCACUUACUGUCUUUGAGCUCAGAUUGUGCAGGAUGUCUCUUCCCAUGGUAUAAAACGCCUAAUUCAAAUCAAAACCAGAUGUUACAUACGUAAUACAGUAGUGUUUCUCAACCUUGAUUGAGCCAUGGCACAUAUUUCACAUUAGAAAACAUCUCUUGGCACAUCACCAAACAAAAAGUGGAUAAGCAGGUUAAUACCUUCUGCCAUCUAGUAGAGGAGUAUUUAAGUGUUUUGCCUGUCACUAUAGGUCACUGGCACAGAUAGAUGAACAAAGACACAUUAUUUGUAAUCAAUCAUUUUCAAACCAAUUCAUUGAAAUUGCACAAUUUCCCGCAGCGCAACUAAUGAUCCACCACGGCACACUGGUUAGGAAUCACUGCGGAUUUAACAGUGUUUUCCCCACUAAAUCGUGGUUCACCGACUACCUGCUACAUCGCCGAUUUUUGGGGUGGAGCGUAUCCACUUGGCUAAUGUGGAAAUCUGCCUUUUACACAACUUUUUUUUUUAAGUUGACUUACAGCAUGCUCACUGCAAUACCUUUGCAUGUGGGAAAGUAAAGCUGCAGCCCUUUAUUGAACGCAGAGGAAACAAUCAAACGCAAUGAGCACACUCACGUCACGCUGGAGCUGAUAUCAGCCACGGGUCACGCCCAGAAACUUGCUCGCGGACGUUACAUGCCACCCCACCAGGCCCCGCCUCUUAAAGGCCUAUAUCUAACACACGUGCAGGAUUUUCUAUACAUUUUAUACUAUCACCUACUGCUGCUACUGGUAUCUUUCCAGAACAACCUUCAAUAAGUGAAAAUUCAUGAUAAGAGGAGAGCAUAUUUUUAAAAUUCUCACACGCUUUCAACACAUUUCAACUUCUUCAAACACACUUUAAAGGUCCCGUAUUUUGGCAUUUGGUAUUUAGACCUCCUUAGAGUGACUCUCUAACAUGGACAGUAGAAAAGUGCCAAUAUUAUUUCAAAAAACACCUCGGUUUGGUCAUUUCAUUGUCUCCUUCAAAGUAUUCCCGAGCACCUACUAUGACUCUUGUUUGCACAGUUCUCCAAGUAAGAGGCAAAACGUGCUUGCAUCAAGCUGUAAAACUCGCACAUAUAAAGCAAGAGAAUUAAACACUGUAUUUUUAAACACCAAAACGUUCAACCAAGCCAUAUAAUUGUGUCUAAUGAAAGUCCCCUAGCUGAAUGCUAACAUAUAAUGUGAACCAUCAUAGAGCGAGCAAGAGGAAAUUAGCAUAGAGGUUGAAGUCAUUAUGAAGCUUCAAAAAACGGCUACAUGGAGCAGCAGCACAUACAAACGGAGCAAACAGUACAUCUACAAUCACAGGCAUAUCUUCUCUCUGCCCUGUGGGAACAACAAAUAUUAAAACAGAAAAUCUAAAUUUGGAUUUGCCUGUAUACCCAUAAAACCCCACAAUAUAGCAGGGGAAAUACUGUAAUCCCACGAGAAAUGUCAAGAUGAAAACUGUCGACGUACCUCUUCUACGUUCAGACUUGUCUUUGCACUGGUUUCCAGGAACUUGACGCCGUAAUCAAUAGCCAGCUAAAGGCAGAGGACAAACAACAUGGUGGUGAUUUAUUAGCAUGAAUAUUUAACGUGUUUUAGUUCCCCUUAAUGAGAUGUUUUAAUGAGUUGCUGUUGGUGGACAGGGACUCACUUUUUCACCUCUGUCUUUGGACACUUGGCGCCUAUCAGUCAUGUCACAUUUGUUACCCAGGACCAUCUUCUCCACGUCCGAUGAGGCGUGCUGAGAGUUUAAAAGUCAGCUUGGUCAUGUUCAUGUACAUUUUACAACAAGGGACACGUCAUUUGAACAAAUGUUUUUUUAUGCUACAGCGGUGUUCGAGCUAAAUAGGACCUACAUAUUGAAAAAGUAUGCAAAGAACAUCAACUGCAUUACAAUGUGAGCAAUCCCCGUGCCAAUCCCCAGUAAGUAAGAACAAUGUGAGGUUUCGAAUGCAUCCAAAGCUCACCUCUUCAAUAUUCCUGAUCCAGUUUUUAAUGUUUUCAAAUGACUUCUCGUUGGAGAUGUCAUAGACGAGCAUGAUUCCCUGAGAAGAGGACGAAGACGAAUCCUUGUUUCUUCAUGCAGCUCCUCAGCAUUCCAGCGCAGUUGAGCGAGGACUUACCAUGGCUCCUCUGUAGUAAGCUGUCGUGAUGGUGCGAAAGCGCUCCUGGCCUGCAGUGUCCCUGUGUUCAGCCAAUGAAUACAAAUUCUCAAAGAUCUGUGUCCGCUUUUUAAAAAUAAACAUCUAAUUCCA